AUGCUAUGGAAGCUGCUAGCCAGGGCCGGGAUUCCCGCGAAGCUGAUCGAAGUCAUCCGCCAAUUCCACGAUGGAAUGCGGGCCCGGGUGCGCAUGGACGACGGAGAACUAUCGGACUGGUUCGUCGUGACACAGGGCGUGCGACAAGGAUGUGUGCUAUCCCCACUGCUGUUCAACAUCUUCUUCGCCGAGGUCCUCGAGGUCGUUGUCAUCCGAUUCAGCGAGGAUGAUGUUGUUCUGCGGAGCCUGGUGUGCUUGGAGGAGGGGAAGACGGAAGCGGGGGGGGGGGAGGAGACACCCCUUGACCGAGUACGGAGGGCAGUAUGGGGGAUGCUGUAUGCCGAUGAUGUCGGCGUCGUAUCGAGGUCUGCAGAAGGACUGGCGAGAAUGAUGACCAUCAUCGUUGAGGUGUUCGGGGAGUUCGGGCUAACGGUGUCGGAGAAGAAGACGGAGACGCUCCUGAUGCGCGCAAAGGACAAGCCGACUACAACAUCACAGCCCGCCCCGCCUCCACCACUGACCAUCGAAGCCGCGGGACAGAAAUACGCCCAGACGACCGAGUUCCGGUACCUCGGUGGCCUCGUCAACGAACAUGGCGACCUCACCCGGGAGAUCAACUACAGGAGCAGAGGAGCGUGGGCGUGCCUCAGGCGAUAUGGCCGGGAGCUCUUCGACAGACCGCAAGCGCCAUUCCGACUCAAGAUCCACCUGCUCCAGGCGGAGGCGAUGGAGGCACUGCUGUACGGUUGCAUGACAUGGUCACCACUCAGCGGCCACUAUCAGACGCUGCGGUCGAUACACCACCGACUGCUCCUUCGAGUUAUCGGGUACAAGCGCAAGAAAGACACCUACCGGCAGCUCUCUUACGCUCAGACGCUGAAGAGGGUCGAAUGUCAGAGCGUUGAAGCCACGAUCCGACAACGACGCCUACUGUUCGCGGGAGCAUUGGCAAGGCAGCCGGACGGGCGACUCCCGAAACGACUGAUGAUCGGCGAACUGGCGGGGGGGAAAAGCAACGUAGGGGGGGGCAGGAACAGAACUGGCCGAAGUGUGUUCUCGUUGACCUGA